AUGAACGAUUCAACCGAAGAAUGUUCUCCAUUUAAAGAUAGAAAGAAAAAAACUCAUAUGUCGUUAAAUGAUAAAAAACGUUUAGCUCGGGAAAAAGCUGAACAGUAUAAUAGCAAUGGCAGGCCUUCACGCCAAUAUCAUAUGUUAACUGCUGAAGAGGUGAAACAGGGGAAAGAAACUCGUUGGGAACAAUUGGAAAUAAUUGGUUGUGUAAAAAAUAUAAGUCCUUCUUUAUGGAAUUUGACGACAUUAACAGGACUUUACCUCAAUGACAAUCAAUUAACACGUUUACCGCCAGAUAUAUCAAUGCUUGUUAAUUUAGUAUAUCUGGAUUUGUCUGGUAAUAAAUUACGUAGUUUACCUGCUGAACUUGGUGAAUUAGUGUAUCUCAGGGAAUUACACCUGGGUUAUAAUAUGUUAAGAUCACUGCCACAUGAGUUGGGGCGUUUAUUCCAACUGCAAGUAUUAGGUUUAGCUGGUAAUCCUCUAUGUCAAGAAGUAAUGAAGUUGUAUAGUGAACCAAAUGGCACACAUAGAUUGCUUAUGUAUCUGUUAGAUAGCUUACAAGAACCAAAAUGGAGCGAGUUAUACUCAGAGUUCAGACUGCCUAAACGCGUUUUGUCUAUGUCGUACGUGUGUAAGACGGAGACAACACAUGCGGGUGAGACGUCCUCUUAA